UCGAUCUGAGUGGAACCUCUUUCCCUUCCUGAUCCCGUUUAUAUGCUACGGCGACUUCCGCUGGUGCUGCUAAAGCAGUGCGAUCAUGGCGGAGCGCGUUCAGCAGCCCCCAGCUAAACGGCUCUGCUGCCGACCCGGGUACAACACAGCAUGCAGACAAGGCCAACGGGCCGGUGGAACAGUAUGUGGCGGUCCUGGCGCUGGCCAAGGGGGAUCCAGCAAGACCCAGAGCCCGGAAUCUCUGUUGGACAUCGCGGCAAGGAAAGUAGCAGAGAAGUGGCCGUUUCAAAGGGUGGAGGAGCGUUUCGAAAGGAUCCCAGAACCUGUUCAAAGACGGAUCGUCUACUGGUCUUUCCCCAGGAGCGAACGUGAGAUCUGCAUGUACUCUUCGUUCAAUACAGGCGGAGAUGAGACCGGGGCAAGCGGUGAGAACAGCGACGAGACACGGUUGCCUUUCCGCCGGGGCAUCGCUCUACUGGAGAGUGGCUGUGUGGACAACGUAUUGCAAGUCGGCUUUCAUCUCAGUGGUACAGUCACAGAGCCGGCGACGCCGUCGGAACCGGAGGUUGUAUGCAGCGUGGCCAUCAGCUUCGACCGCUGCAAGAUCACCUCGGUGACGUGCGGCUGCGGCAACAAGGACAUCUAUUACUGCGCGCACGUGGUGGCACUCUCGCUCUACCGCGUACGGCGGCCCGAGCAGGUCAAGCUGCACCUGCCCAUCUCGGAGACGCUCUUCCAGAUGAACCGCGACCAGCUGCAGAAGUUCGUGCAGUACCUCAUCACUGUGCACCACACCGAGGUGCUGCCUACCGCCCAGAAACUCGCCGACGAGAUCCUCUCCCAGAACUCCGAGAUCAACCAAGUACACGGCGCCCCAGACCCCACAGCGGGGGCCAGCGUGGACGACGAGAACUGCUGGCACCUGGACGAGGAGCAGGUCCAGGAGCAGGUCAAGCUCUUCCUGUCCCAGGGCGGCUACCACGGCUCGGGGCAACAGCUCAACCUGCUCUUCUCCAAGGUGCGUGAGAUGUUGAAGAUGCGUGACUCUAACGGGGCGCGGAUGCUCACGCUCAUCACGGAGCAGUUCAUGGCCGACCCACGACUGGCUCUCUGGAGGCAACAGGGCACCAGCAUGACCGACAAGUACCGCCAGCUGUGGGACGAGCUCGGUGCGUUGUGGAUGUGCAUCGUGCUGAACCCCCACUGUAAGGCGGAGCAGAAGGCCGGCUGGCUCCGGCAGCUCAAGAAGUGGAACAGCGUGGACGUGUGUCCCUGGGAGGACGGUAACCACGGCAACGAGCUGCCCAAUUUAACCAACGCCUUGCCUCAGGGCGCCCACGGGAACCAAGACCCCGGUCGGCCCCCACCGGACGGUUGUUUACGCGGGCGAUCGAGGCGUGUGACCUCCACUGGCAGGACAGCCACCUGCAGCACAUCAUCAGCGAGGACCUCUACACCAACUACUGUUACCAUGACAACACUGACAGCUCGCUCUUCGACACCCGCGGCUGGCCCCUGUGGCACGAGCACGUUCCGACGGCGUGUGCACGGGUGGAUGCUCUCCGUUCCCACGGCUACCCUCGAGAGGCACUGCGGCUGGCCAUCGCCAUUGUCAACACGCUACGGAGACAACAACAGAAACAGCUGGAGCUCUUCAGAAACCACAAAAAAAGACCUGCUCCAUAAAGGGAUCACGUCCAUCACCAAUCCUGAGGGGUGGGUGGGGCACCCCCUGGACCCCAUCGGAACGCUCUUCAGCACCCUCAUGGAGACCGGCCGGGAGGACGACGGGGACGUCUCAGGCUCCAUGGGUUCCAUAAAGUGUUCAGAGACAACGCACUUGCUGUCGUCGUCGUCAUCGUCAUCAUCAUCGUCGUCGUCAUCCACGCUGCGGUUUCUGGAGGAGGGCGAGUCGUUCGUGGCGCUGGCAGUGGAGACGGCGUUGGUGGGCCUGGGCCAGCAGCGGAGCAUGCCCGACGGGCUCUACGCCCAGGAGAAGGUGUGCCGCAACGAGGAGCACCUCAUCGCCAAGCUGCAGGAGGUGGAGCUGGACGACACGCUCGUCAAGAUAUUCCGCAAGCAGGCCGUCUUCCUGUUAGAAGGGGGACCGUACAGUGGUUUAGGGGAACUUGUAUACAGAGAGAGUGUUCCGAUGCACACGUUUGCCAAGUAUCUCUUCACGUCUCUCCUACCUCACGACGCUGAACUGGCUUAUAAAAUUGCACUGCGAGCAAUGCGGUUACCAGUAUUGGAAUCCACGGCUCCUUCGGGCGACCUGUCCCGGCAUCACCACAUUGUGUCGGUGGUGCCUAACCGCUACCCCCGCUGGUUCACACUCAGCCACAUCGAGUCACAACAGUGCGAGCUGGCCUCCACCAUGCUCACCGCAGCCAAAGGAGAUGGCCGGUGGUUAGAAACAGUAUUAGAGUCCAUACAGAAAAACAUCCACACCUCGUCCCACAUCUUCAAACUGGCGCAGGAUGCCUUCAAGAUCGCCACCCUCAUGGACAGCCUGCCCGAUAUCACCUUACUCAAAGUAUCCCUGGAACUAGGACUUCAGGUAAUGAGAAUGACGCUCUCAACAUUAAAUUGGAGAAGGCGGGAAAUGGUACGGUGGCUGGUUACCUGUGCCACAGAAGUUGGGGUCUAUGCACUGGACAGCAUCAUGCAGAGCUGGUUCACACUCUUCACACCGACGGAGGCCACGAGCAUCGUGGCGACGACGGUCAUGUCCAACAGCACCAUCGUGCGCCUGCACCUGGACUGCCACCAGCAGGAGAAGCUGGCGGGCAGCGCGCGGACGCUGGCGCUGCAGUGCGCCAUGAAGGACCCGCAGAACUGCGCGCUGUCGGCGCUGACGCUCUGCGAGAAGGACCACAUCGCCUUCGAGACGGCCUACCAGAUCGUGCUGGACGCGGCCACCACGGGCAUGAGCUACACGCAGCUCUUCACCAUCGCGCGCUACAUGGAGCACCGCGGCUACCCGAUGCGCGCCUACAAGCUGGCCUCGCUGGCCAUGGCCCACCUCAACCUGAGCUACAACCAGGACACGCACCCGGCCAUCAACGACGUGCUGUGGGCGUGCGCGCUCAGCCACUCGCUGGGCAAGAACGAGCUGGCCGCCAUCAUCCCGCUGGUGGUCAAGAGCGUCAAGUGCGCCACGGUGCUCUCGGACAUCUUGCGGCGGUGCACGUUGACCACGCCGGGCAUGGUGGCGCUGCACAGCCGGCGGAACUCGGGCAAGCUCAUGUCGCUGGACAAGGCGCCGCUGCGGCAGCUGCUGGACGCCACCAUCGGCGCCUACAUCAACACCACGCACUCGCGCCUCACGCAUAUCAGCCCGCGCCACUACAGCGAGUUUAUCGAGUUCCUCAGCAAGGCGCGCGAGACCUUCCUCAUGGCGCACGACGGACACAUCCAGUUCACGCAGUUCAUAGACAACCUGAAACAGAUCUACAAAGGCAAAAAGAAACUGAUGAUGCUGGUCCGAGAGAGAUUUGGUUAAACAAGACCCCCCCCCUACACACAAACACAGGGAGGAGGGGAGGGGGGCAAAAAAAACAAAAAAAACACAUACCCUUCCUCUCAGCUCUUACUUGAGUUUGCCUUUGUAUCGUUUCUAACUUAAAAGUGACAAGCAAACAAACAAAUAAACAAACAGAGAACCGAUGGAAGGAGCAGGACUUGAGGGAAGCAGCCAGAACCACAGCGGUAUUAUAAUGUGUAUAGACCUGUUAGUUUGCGAAAGCGGAAAAAAAAAGACAAAAAAAAAAAACAAACGAACAGAAAGUGUCAUGUCGUGGACGUUUGUGUGUUUCCCUUCAUUUUGUAUGAAAGAGCGCGAGUGUGAUAAAAGAGGAGAAAAAAAAUAAGAAAAUGAAAAAAAAAAAAAUGUUUUGGUUUACACUGAGUAUAUGUUGUCCAGUGGCAAAAGGCCCACAGAGCACUCCUGUUUUCUCUGUUCACAAUCCCAGCCUCAAAGAGAAGAGAUAUGGCUUUAAACCAAACACGACACCUCCAUCCUAAGUGACAAGUACCUCGUACGGAUCCAGCUUUACUCCCACCUGACCUGCUCACACAUUUCCAGUAAAGUGAAUAAGCGUGCGAAAAGCAACGAGAGAGAGAGAAAAAAAAACAAUUUUCCUAGCUUUUUUGUUCUCUUUUUUUUCCCUUCCCCAGGAAGCCGUGAAAUAUCCAACUCCAAGCUACCCUUGCUUUGCAGUGCUGUUUGGUCUGAAGCAUAUAGACAAAUUACACCUGUUAUUAUACACAUACCACACACACACACACAGACACACAGACACACACACACACACAUACACACAGACACAGUUAAAGAAACGCGCUGUGUCUCACAUGUACAUGCACACACACAUAUAAACACACACACACAUAAGAACUCCAACACCCCCAUUGUGCUUGCGCUUGUGGAAACUUAGCAACUGUCAACAUACAUUCUCAGGGAUUUCUCUAAAAACAGAAAAUGACAAAAAAAGAGAGAAUGAGAGCAUUUUAUUGUACUGUAUAUAUGAUAGUAUAUGUCUGAAUAUUGAGAAAAUGUAUAUGUUAACUAAUUUAUAAAAGAAUAUUCUAUGUAAUGCAAAAUACUUGAAGCUGCAGUACCAUGGUUUUAAACAAACAAAAAAAAACAUAUCAGAAGGACUAAACGGUGGCCGUGCCUGAGUCCACACGUGUGUGUGUGACGAACGGUGGACUUGUAUGCUGGGUUUCUAUGCAGAGCCACUCGAAGCCCUGCGUGUUCAGGCUGGUCUAUCGAAACCAUGACUGGGGGGGAUGUUUUGUAUGUACAUACAAAAUGUUUGUAUCCGGUGUGGACUCACUUUUUUUGUACAGGGCAUCAGAGAUAAAGGAGAGUUGGAAAGAGAGGGAGAGAGAGGUGGGAGAGGAGAGAGAGAACGGAUGAACCAGAGCAGCAAGCCUUAGCAUUAAGUAGGUAAUGCAAGCAUCCAUAGGCCCCCGUGCCUCAAAAGCCUAGAAAUGUAGAGAUCCAUCUGAAACGGACUUUCUAUUUAUCAACGUUGACCACACAGACAUCCAGAGUAAAAAUUGGCCUGAAACACAUCCAUAACUCUCUCCACAAAUGAUCAAGUGACAAAGAAAAAAAAAAAGACAGACUCCAUUUUAUGCACAAAUAACAUGUCCAUGCCUCCUCUGCCGGCAUCUUGACUUUGUGCAGGACAGAAAGUUGCUGUAUACGUCUGACUGUUCCAAUUUUUAAAAAUGCUUUUUUUUUUAUGUUUCCUUUUCUGAUUUUGUUCCUCUAGAAUUCCUCAAACAAGAACAGCCUUCUUUCUCGCCUUGUCUUAACGCUUUAAAAUAACCAAACUGGAGUUCUAACUACCAAACUUGUUCAUUAAAAUGAAAAGCCAACCAACUUUGGUUACAACUUUAGUGUCUUUAAUUUUAGCUGAAUGGUUCUGUACUUUGUGCUUUAAAAAGCAGUUUUUUUCCUUUUUGGUGCAAAAACGUCUAGUGUCUCUUGUUCUCUUAGAGGUAUGUUUGUAGCUCUUUUUUUGUUUUGUUUAGAAAACUGAAAUCUCAUGUUCUCCAUUUUAUUUAUUAUGAAAGGUAAACGAUUGUACUUCAUCACCCUUGGCGACAUGCUCAUGAAGUUGAAAUUAAGAUUUGAUACACCAAUAUCAAUUUAUUUAUGUAACUAAAUCACUGUUUUAUAAACUUGUUAAUGAUUCAACAUUUUUGUUUUAAUUAAAUUAGUUUUUUUGAGAGGA